AAAAAACUCACUAAGUUCUACACAUUCUUUCGUAAAAUAUAUUCAUGUAAAUACAUUGUCUGGUAUCGGAACGUUUCAUUCAAACUGUCAAACUAGUUCAUCUUUAUGCUUAAAGAUGUGUACAAAUGGCUGAAUCUUUACUAAUCGACUAUUCUUCAAUGUGUUAUACCAUGUGUUAUCUUCCGGCAUUUCUAUUGCCCCAAUAAACCUAAUAUACUAAGGAAAACAAUUGUUCAGCAGUAGAGAUUUGUAUUAUUCAACGCUACUUCAUUAUUACAAUUUACCCAGUUAGUCCAUUUCUGAUAAUCUAUCCAUAGCAUGGACAUAUCAAAUUAAAUGUUUGACAUAAUUAACUAACAAGGAAUAAUUCCAAAAAGGAUUAUAAUAACAGACAACAACAAAAAAAAUGCAAACAAUUCAUAAAGUGGAUGGAUUCACUGAAAUCUAUUUCAUGGUUGAUAAAAGAAAAAAAGGUUGGAUUACUAUGCCAGAGUUACGAAAGUAUAUGGAAGAGAAUGAUGUGGAUGAAAAGAUGUUUGAGCGUUGGAAAACUCUAUUUGAUCCUGAAUCUACUGGUCGUAUAACAUUGGAAAAAUUCUCUGAAGUACUAGGUUUACAAGAAGAAGUUAUAAAUAUUCAAACUGCUAUUCAAGGAAAUGAAAUGCACGAUGUAAAUGUUAUACAAUCAGAUAUGAAUACAAAAAUGAAAUUGACUAUUUGUGGACUAAUUGAUGAAGGGAUAUUGAUUUAUCAUGAUGAUUUGAAAUUAGUUGAGUUCUUGAAAGAUGAAUUGGAUAAGUAUUUUGGAAAGUUAUGGAAUGUAAUCAUCAUCUAUGGUCGAUACUGGUCACGUUAUUGUCAUGAAACAGGUUAUAAUUUUUGUUUUAUCAAAGACGACCGUAUAUUCCUAGUAUACAAGAUUCCGGAUAUAUAAUAGAAAAAUAAGAUAUUUCAAUCACAUUCCAUUCUUGAAGAUAUUUUUGUGAUAACUCUGAAUCAAAAAUGAUGAACACAAAGACUUCUCUUGUUUUGAUAUUUUACGUGUAAAUUUUGAUUCCGGUUUAUUCAUAAGUUUGUCGAAUUCUUUACUAUAUUACAACCAAUCAAUGAUUAUAUAAUAGUUGGACUUAUAUUUUAGCUAACAAAAAACAUGUGGUGAAAUGUAUAAGUAGUAUAUUUCAUGUUUAUACUCACUGUAUGUGGUUAAAAUGUUCAGUGAAAGAUAACGGUUUUGACGGGACCUGCAAUGUUAAAUAAUUACUGUCAGGUGUAUGGCCUGUACUUACUAAGCAAAAUAAAGAUGUAGUUAAAUGCAAUAAAAUGUUA